UUGAGAUGGGGCGAGGCGCGUGUGCGUCGCUGAAACCCGUCCGCCCGCUGCGCCAACCCCACCUGCGGCGGCUGGAGGGGCGUCGAGGAGAGCGGAGCCCCCGUCCCCGGCUCCCGGGAAGGGGAACCAUGCUGGGCCAGGACGGCGGCCUCUCGCUGACCAUCGCCCAGAUCGUGCAGAGGCUGAAGGGCUCCGGACUCCACGCCCAGCUGGAGCGACAGGCCCGGCUCAGUCUACACAAUCCAGAAAUUAAGCUAGAAUCCUUGAAGGAAGAUAUUAAGGAAUUUCUGAAGACAUCAGGAUGGGAAAAGAAGCUGCAAAAUGCUGUUUAUAGUGAACUCAGUGUGUUCCCUUUACCAUGCCACCCAUCAGCCCCUCCUGAACACACCAAAGAAUCUUUGGCUUACAUGAGGAAAGCCCAGGGAAACUGGGAAAAACGCAUUCUGAAGAGCCUCAAUAGUAUGUGUACAGAACUCGGCAUUCCAUUAGCACAAAAGAGAUCAAUCAAUGAGCAAAAGGAACUUCUAAGUAAAUGGAAUGAAAUGGGAACAGAUGAGCCAGAUCUAAGUCUCUUCAGGCCCGUUUACGCACCUAAAGAUUUUCUUGAGGUAUUGAUGAACCUUCGCAAUCCGAAUUAUGAAAACAGUGAGCAGCCUAGUUUUAGAAACCACCUGGGAUUAAUUCAGGUGCCACUGAAAGUGAAGGACAUCCCUGAACUGAAAGAAUAUUUCAAUGAGCUAGACUUGAACACAAGCCAGCUGGAUAUUGAUGAUUCUGCACAUGUGCCUCCAGAACUCUUUGAAAAUGAACAUGUACGUAUUGGUCAGAAAGUUUUAAUGGAGCAGGAUAGUGCAGCAGCUCAACAAUAUGUCCGGCAGGGAUGUCCAAAUUUGCUACGAGCCGAGUUGUGGGCCCUGAUUCUGAACGUUUCCAGUCAACCCGAGGAUGUUUUGUACUAUGAACAACUGAAGUCUAAUGUGAUUCAGCAUGACCUUUUGGUGGACAAUUUGAUUUAUAAAGAUGUGAAACUGACAGCCAGCAAUGAUGACUACUACUUCGUGUUUGAGGAUUAUUUAUAUCAGGUAUUACUUUGUUUCUCUCGAGACACUUCAGUGUUGGAACACUUUGCGUACAAUAGUGCUACUCCACCCAAGUCAUACGUUCGAGGGAAACUUGGCAUGGAAGAAUAUGCUGUCUUUUAUCCGCCAAAUGGUGUAAUCCCUUUCCAUGGCUUUUCGAUGUACGUCGCUCCGCUUUGUUUCCUGUAUAACGAACCUUCCAAGCUGUAUCAGAUGUUUCGCGAAAUAUACGUGCGCUAUUUCUUCCGACUUCAUUCCAUCUCUUCUCACCCGUCCGGCAUUGUAUCAUUAUGUUUGCUGUUUGAAACCCUUCUCCAAACCCAUCUACCACAGCUGUUUUAUCACCUUCGAGAAAUUGGAGCACAACCUCUAAGGAUAUCAUUUAAAUGGAUGGUACGAGCAUUCUCCGGCUACUUAGCUACAGAUCAGCUUCUUCUUUUGUGGGACAGAGUUCUGGGAUACAACUCUCUGGAAAUUCUUGCUGUCCUGGCAGCUGCUGUGUUUGCUUUCCGAGCUGUGAAUCUAAUGGAGGUGACAUCACUGGCUGCAGCUGAAGCUGUACUUGCUGAUCUUUCGACUCUGAAAGUUAUGCCUCUUCUUCAGAUUUUUCUGUUCGCCACCGGCACUUGAUGUUCCUCAGAGCUGCUGUGCUGCACUGCUAGACUUUCAUCAGACGCUAAUAAUAAACUAUGCAACACUUUCGUUAAAAUCAAGCUCAAAUGUUAAUGGGCGGAAUUCUGCAAGAGUUAAAACUGCACUUCUCACAUGGAAACCCCCCCCCCCAAAUGCUUUUUGCAUAUCAAGUUAGCGCUGCUGCAUGCUGCUGAAUUUUAGCCAAACUGCAGUACCUGGAUGUAAUGCAAAUCACAUAACAGCCAAUCCACCUAAGUGAUAACCCCCAAACGCAUGUACAAUUAAAUGCACCGAAAAGGAAAUAGUGUAUAAUCAUUCUAGAGUUCAGUUCUGCCUUUCUGACGCUGUGAGGUGGGGAAAGGAUGUCUUCACUUAUAAUCUAUUAUCCAGUCACACCAUCCGUCAUCUUAAAAGUCCUGCAAUACUUGAAAAAAAAAGUAUUUCUGUAAAGUAUUUAACUUUAAAAGUGUAAUAAUAACACUUCCUUUGAAAAAUCACAGCAAUACCUCUCUUUGCAACCUUUCUAUAUCAUUCCUGAUGGAAGAAGCAUCUUGUUUUAUUGUUCUUGGCUGGAGGCCGUGGACGAGUUUAGAGUUGAAGGUGGUAUGAUGGAGGCAUCCUUUUUCUGUGACGUACUCCCUUUCCCCUUUCCCCUGCUUUUCUCUUUGGACCAACAGGUCUUGUAAGUUUUUGAAACACCUCCAAAAACCUCCAAAACCUGUUCGUUUUGGAGCUGACAGCAGGACCAAUCGGCAUAGAACCUUCCGUGCCGUGAAAGAAACUAAUCUUUCUACUCCAGCCCUUACCAACUUAUUCUCAAGCCUUUAUCCUUGGUCCGUGUUGAUUCUGCUUUGCAAAGCUAUAUAUUACAGAUAAAAAUGCCUCGGCGCAGCUUUCUUCAGAACCUAUCAAAGCCUUUCUGAACGUGAGCCAAAGCAGUUGCUUGUGAAUGACGUCAAUAGUUUUCUCCCCCCUAGCUCCCACCUCCUCUUUAGGAGCUGAAUGUGCUGCAUCUGCCAUUUCCCUAGCCCCUGCUGGUCCAGGAACUUGUGUAUCAACUCGCUGAGUCUAAGCUCGUAUUGCUGCGUGACUUGAGUCGCGCUGCCGUCGGGACAGACAGUCUUUUACCGAUGAUGAUUCCUUGCCCCCCCCUUUUCUCCAGGGAUUCCAGUAAGCCUCCCUAAAAUCCUAAUUGAUUACCAGGUUGUUCUAAUUUAACCACAUACAGCUGUUGGCCAAGAUUGGAUGUCGAGACCUCAUUCGCGGUAAAGCUGUAUCAUUGAUACGCUGCGUUAACUUUUGGCCAAUUUGUUUCACGAGGUCCAGUUUGCUCUUGCAAUUCCCAGCGGCCUAAAGACGUAACUUGUAAUACUUUUUUUCCCAUCGAAAGGAAGUUUUAUGAACUUCCAAGUUUUAUGAACUCGGCUCCAAGUUGUUGUCUGUCAUUUGCAGUAUUCAAAUCUUUGUAGAAAAGAGAACGGCAUGGCAUGAGCAGAUCCACAAAAUGUCCCGCCCCCCCCCCAGCAUAGACCUUACUGCAAAGAAACUUGCACCAGGGACUUGAGAGUCACUUGUCCACCUGAUACAUGUGGCACUCUCAUCAUCCAGAUUUUGAGCUGUCAGCAAAGCUGAAAAAUGAUUUCAAGUCCAAAUUUAAAUUUAUGCUCUGUUGCAUGUAAGAUGGUGGCUACCUACACUGAUAUUUGCCCAUUUCCCGAAAGUGUAUUUUAAAGGUUGAGUUGAAUAAUUUAAAAGUAUUUUAUUUAUUGUACUGUACACAGCCUUUCUGUUGUUGUGAAGCUUCCAUUGCAUUGACCUUGGAGCUUAAUUCCUCCUUUUGUUAGUUGAAAUAAUAAAAAUGGUGUUUUCUUUCAUAAUAUA